AUGGGCGGGGAGGGUGGCGGCCGCUGCGCGGGGGAGGGCGGCGGCCGGUGCGCGGGGGAGGGCGGCGUCCGGUGCACGGGGGAGGGCGGCGGCCGGUGCGCGGGGGUGGGCGGUGCCGGCGUGGGAGGGAGACGACGAGGUUUUUUUGGUGGGAUCGGGUCGAACCUGAGAGGAAUCACCGCCGCCGACCUCCUCCCGCCGACAGCGACGGAGGCGGACGCCGGGCUGGGUCGGACGCCCACAUGGAAGGAGCGGGAGAACAACAAGCGGCGCGAGCGCCGGUGCCGGGCCAUCGCCGCCAAGAUCUUCACCGGCCUCCGCGCGCUCGGCAGCUACAAGCUCCCCAAGCACUGCGACAACAACGAGGUGCUCAAGGAGCUCUGCCGCGAGGCCAAAUGGGUCGUGGAGGACGACAUCACCACCUACCGCAAGGGAUACAAGCCGCCGUCAUCCAGGCCGUUCGGUGGGGUCUCGUCGGUGGGCAUGAGCCCCUGCUUGUCCUCGCAGCUGCUCAGUGCGCCGUCGUCGGUGUUCCCGAGCCCGGUGCCUUCCUACCACCCCAGCCCGGUGUCAUCCAGCUUCCUGAGCCCCACGCACCUCGAGAACCCCAGCCCUGCCUACCUCCUCUCGUUCCUCCAUGGCCUCCCCAACCUGCCCCUGCUCCGGGUCUCCAACAGCAAGGGUGAAGCAAACACUUAUUGGGAGGUACUCAAAAUUUGA